AUGACUAUAAAUUAUCAAUUGGAUGUUUCGACUGGCGGAAAUCCGUUCGCUUUUCUUCGAUUACUUUCAAGAUGGAAAGGUAUUUUUUGAUAAUUUUGUAGAUUUUUACACCUUGAUGGUAUCCAUUUCAUUCCAGUCAUUAGAGUUUGCCACGUCAUAACUAAUUUUCAAAAUUGAACUUCUCACAAGUUCUACCUACUGUAUCGUGACGUACUAUUUUAUUUCUCAAAAAUCUCUUUUCUCAUAUCAAUCAUCAAUCAUGUUUUUUUUCUAGGAUCAAUUUGGAAAGGUGUAUCAUCGGAACUGGCUGUUUGGCUGAUUGCCUUUUACACAAUUCAUUUUUCGUAUAGAUUUUUGUUCAGCGAAGAGAUCAAAGUGUAAGAAAAAAUGGGGAAAAUUGAAAAAUCCAAGAAAAACUGAACUAAACUAUAUAUUUUCGAGCAAAAAAAGCAGGUGAAAAAUGAAAAAUAAACUUAAAAUAAAACAAAAAAAAUUUGAAAAUCACCGGAAUCGCGCGCGCUACACAAAACACGUCAGUGUAGAGUUGUUGGCCCCUCUUUUUUUUAUGUGCUAGCACGGUAUGCCAUGGUGUGUGUAUGUGUGCGUCAAGGUGUUUGCAGAUUUUUUGAAUUUAGGACUGUCCUUUUAUUGAAAAUCUCAUCGGUCCCCCGAAAUAAACACGCAACGCAGACCGCGCCGCGCCACAACACACACAAAAAAAGGAGGGAAUUUGAAUCGUUCCCUUAUUUGUAUGUGUUGUGGCGCGACGCGGUCUGCGUUGCGUUAUUUCGGUGGAGCGUGUGGUAUCGAUGAGAUUAUCGAUAAUACUAAUCGCCUACUGCAGAUUUUCGUGGUGAGAACCAAAGUCUAAUGUCGUUGAGUGCGUUGCGGUCAUGCGCUGCGUCUUUCUUUUUCACAAUUUGAAUGGUUUUGACCACUUAUCGAUUGAUGGAUAAAGCACGCAGCGCCUGACCGCGACGCGUGCAACGACAUUUGUUCUUUCGCACUUGUCGAGAAAAACGGUAAAAAAGUGACCUCGUGCGAUAGAGCGCACUUUCUCUCCUCUCCUAAACGUACCCCCCUCCCCAACCACAAAACAAAACAAAACAACUAACUUCAGAAUCUUCGACAAAAUCGCAUACCACAUCGAUGAUCGCAUGAAAUACAUCCCCCUCACAUUCAUCCUCGGAUUCUUCGUCUCAACAAUCUCAUCAAGAUGGAAUAGCGCCUUAUCCGCGAUGCCCUUCAUCGACAACCUCGCACUAUAUCUCUCCCUCUUCAUCCCGGGCAAAGAUCACGUCGAAAUUCUCUACCGCCGAAAUAUCAUUCGCUACGUAGUUCUCCAUCAGAUCCUAGUCUUUCGCGACAUCUCAAUGCAAGUUCGCCGACGUUUCCCAAGUCUGGAAUAUGUGAUUGAUGCUGGUUUUAUGAGUGAGGAAGAGAGGGUGACGCUAGAAGAAGUGAAAUGCAAACCUGGUGAUAAAUAUUGGGUGCCGAUUGCUUGGGCGAAACAUCUUCUGGCGAAUGCGUUCAAGGAUGGUGUGCUUAAGGAUACGGGAAGUAUGACACAGGUUAUGACGUGUAUCAAAGAGUUUCGGAAUGCGAUGGAUACUUUGUUGAAGUUUGAUCAGAUUCCUAUUCCGAUUGCCUAUCCGCAAGUGGUUUUUCUGGCAGUUCGCGUUUAUUUUGUGCUAUGCUUGGUUAGUCGGCAGUUUUUGCAGAGUUCGCUGAAAUCAAAAUCACAGGUGAGUUUGCUUGGAGGCUAAAGGGGCUUAAUAAUAAGCCCCCUAAAGCCCUUUAAAGCCCCAAAAGCCCCCAGAGAAAAAUAAAAAAUAAGAAUAAAUGUGUGAAAAAUAGCCGAAAACGUUUCCCGCGUUGCAAACAUUUAAGAGAGUGUGCAAAAGUGAGAGACUUAGAGAGAGGGAGAAAAUAUUUUUGACCUAUCAGAAUUUUUUUUGGAAAAUUUUGAGGUCUAGGAAUUCCUCAAGAAUUCUGAAAACAAUUUUAGCGCUAAAAAUCCACGUGGCAUUUUUUGGCGGGAAAACCCAACUUUUAAAAAUUACAAAAAAAUCUCGCGCCAAAAAAAUCCACGUGGCAUUUUUUGGCGGGAAAAACCCAAAUUUUCAAAUUUCAAAAUAUAUGGGCCAAAAAAUCCACGUGGCAUUUUUUUCACGAAAAAUACGAUUUUUCAAAUUUCAAAAUUUAGGGGCCACGUGGCAUUUUUUUCACGAAAAAUACGAUUUUUCAAAUUUCGAAGUUUUGCCGCCAACAAAUCCACGUGGCAUUUUUUUGGGGCGAAAAAUCCCAUUUUUCAAAUUUCGAAAUUUUAGCGGUAAAAAUCCACGUGGCAUUUUUUUCAUGUUGAAACUUUUGGCGCGCAAAAUAUGAUUUAAAAAAUUUUUAAAAAAUCUUGCGCUUAGAAAUCUACGUGGCACGAAAAAUCCCAUUUUUCAAAUUUCCAAAUUUUAGCGCGACAAAUCUGAAUUCAUUUUUUUUUCAAAGCCUCGCGCUCAAAUCUCCACGUGGCGUUUUUCCUUAAAAAAUUCAAAAUUUUUCAAAUUUCGAAGUUUCUGCGCCAAAAAAUCCACGUGGCGUUUUCCAGACUAAAAACACAUAUUUUGCAGAUGGAAUGGCCGAUACCUUUCAUGACAUGCCUCGAGCUAAUCUUCAUUCUCGGUUGGAUGAAAGUCGCCGAAGUUCUCCUAAAUCCACUCGGCGAAGACGACGACGAUUUCGAGAUCAACUGGAUCAUCGAUAAAAAUAUCGCAAUCGGAAUGGCAAUCGUCGACGACACUCACAAUUACAACCCUCCAUUAUUCAUGGACGGAUUCAGCGACCCCAAUUUCCGCCCGAUUUAUUCAGAAGACAGUGCACCGGUGGCUCGGGGAAUGAUGGGAUCUGCAGCCACUGUUGAAUUGGCGAAACCCAAUGAGAAAGUGAAGACUGUGCAGAUUGAUCAUGACGUGGUUUCGGUGCCGAAUAGUGAUAUUGGAAGUGUUUUGAGGAUGCGCAUGAAUUUUUCGAGGAAUCCGUCUACACGAAGUGUGCAAACUCCGAGAAUCAUUAGGAAAAAGGUUGAAAAAGAUGAUGUGGUUUUAGAUACUGUUACUGAAGAUGUUGUGGACCAUGUUUGA